AUUUAUGAUGAAUCGAAUGUGCUGCAAGAUGGCACAUUGAUUGAUUUGUGUGGUGCCACGCUGCUUUGGCGCUCGGCCGAGGGCUUACAACAUUCGCCGACCAAACGCGAUUUGGAAAAGUUAAUUGAUGAAAUCAACGCUGGACGUCCGCAAUGUCCGGUCGGUUUGAAUACCUUAGUAAUACCUAGAAAAGUGAAUAUCGGUGAUCAAGUGAAUCAGCCUUAUGUGUACUUAAAUUGCGGACAUGUACAGGGUCAUCACGAUUGGGGGCAGGAUAAGAGUACUGGUGCCCGUCGCUGUCCCAUGUGCCUCGAAGUUGGUCCGGUCGUUACGCUUUGUAUGGGUUUGGAACCGGCCUUUUACGUUGAUGUUGGUGCACCCACGUACGCUUUUAAUCCAUGCGGUCACAUGGCGACUGAGAAGACAGUCAAGUACUGGGCAAAUGUUGACAUACCGCAUGGCACUAACGGUUUUCAAGCGGUCUGUCCCUUCUGUGCGACGCCACUGGAUGGCUCAUCUGGUUAUAUAAAGUUGAUUUUCCAAGAUAAUUUAGAUUAA